AUGCUUUUGUGUUUGUUAUUCUAACUCAUUAGAACCUAGAUUUUCGAUUGUUCCAUAACGUCAUCUGAAUGCUCAGAUAAUUACUCACCUGUGUGUGGGUUAACUAUUAAUCUGCUGUCCAUAUAAACUUUCAUGAAUGAAUGUUAUGCCUGCAAAGCUAAUCUUGUUGUUAAAUACAAGAAUGGAGAGUGCACAGAUUAUUCAGAUGAAAAAACCCCCAACAAUCAUAAUGAUGACAAAAAUGAAUAUAGUAAUUCAACCUUCUUUCCUUCUGGAAAUUACACUCAAUUAUUCUCUUGCUCAGAUCCUCGACCAAGUAUUUGCGGAACUAAGUAAACUGUAGCUUAUAUCAUGAAGUUAAAAACUUACUUGUGGAUUCUUAGACUCCUUGACUGAUUGCUAUGGUAAAUAUUGCUAAACUUAAUUCAUUAAUGAGUGUCAUGCUUGUAGAAAUACUUCGAUACACAAUUAUUUCUUUGGGAAAUGCUCAGAGUACAAGUAAAUACAAUGAAGUUCUUAUUCUUAGAUAAAGAUAAGCAACUGUGAUUCAGUGUAAUUCAGAUUAAAAGAAUUAAUGUGAUAUAAUGGAAUAAAUAGAUGUUUGUGGUUUCUUAAAUGAAACAGCAGUUUGUCAAAACCAGCCAUGUUUGCAACCAUUUAAGAAUACUUGUGAACCUUGCAAUUAAUCUAAUAUCAAAUCCUAUUUUAUUGGUAAUUGCAAUGAUUACAACAACCUAUUCUUUGGCACAGACUAAGACUAGAUAGAAGAUGCUUCAGAAUAAUAAUAAAAAUAUCAAUAUUGCUAGCCUGAAAGACCAUCUUCUUGUAAUUAGGAUUUUUCAUAAACUUGUGGGGUAUUAAAAUCAUGUAAUGGAACUGGUUGUGAACGAAUAUAUGAUAAUCCAUGUAGUGCAUGUCAAAAUACUCUAAUUGAAGGCUAUUACAUAGGAUAGUGUUAGUAGAAUUUUGGCUAUAUUUUCUCAAUCUUAAUGAUUUAACUGUUAUUCUGA